AUGUUGUAUCCGCUGUUUUUCCCGUACGGCGAGGCCGGUUGGCAUAACGGGAUGUUGCAAGCGGGCAACCGACGAAACAAUGUCCGCAAUCGCAACAGUAUCAGAGAGUUUGCGUGCUACCGUUUGGCUGUUAGAUAUCAGGGAAAUAACGACCAAAGACAUGAACUGUUUAGUUUGUUACAUCAGGGUCGGUUCUUGUUGCAGAUGUAUGUGUGCGACCAGUAUGUUCGAAUGGAGUCGAAUAAUCUGAACUACAUACGUUUGCACCAGAGGGAUCUCCUCGCCGAAGCGUAUCAAGGGCUCAUGGACCAUGUGAACCAACAGCUCCACAUCGAUCCCAUGGCGGUCGGGCGUAGGAUCAUAUUGCCGUCGACGUUCACGGGUAGCGACCGAUUCAACAAGAUGAAUUAUCAAGACGCCAUCACCGUAGUGCGUACCAAAGGGAAACCCGACCUGUUCAUAACGUUUACGUGCAACCCCAGGUGGCCAGAGAUCACUGAAAACCUGGCUGCCCACAGCACGGCAAGCGACAGGCCGGACCUGGUGGCCAGAGUGUUCAACAGGAAGCUACAGGAGCUAAUAGGUGACAUAACUGUAAAUCGUGUGUUUGGUAAUGUCGGCGCUUACGUGUACACUAUCGAGUUUCAGAAACGUGGUCUGCCCCAUGCGCAUAUACUGAUAAUCCUGGCAGAGGACUGUAAGUUCCGUACGGCCGAGGACGUGGACGACGUGGUUUGCGCCUUCUUGCCGGACCCCGCAAUCGACAGGCGCUUACACGACUGCGUCAAGUCUCACAUGAUCUACGGGCCGUGUGGAACAGUCAAUCCACAGUGUCCGUGCAUGGUGGACAACAAAUGCUCCAAAGAUUUCCCGAAAGCGUACGCAGAGGAGACUGUGUACGUUGCGGACGGCGGAUAUCCAAAGUACCGCCGACCGGAUGACGGCCGGGUGGUACUUGUGAGAGGUCGUGAGGUUGGUAACGAGUGUGUAGUGCCGUACAACCCUUACCUUCUGGCCAAGUAUGACGCGCACAUCAACGUCGAGAUAUGCACGUCCAUAAAGAGUGUCAUGUAUAUCUACAAGUAUAUAUACAAGGGACACGACCGUGUGACGUUGGAAGUUCAGGACCAGGAUGAGAUUGCCAAUUACGUAAACUCAAGAUAUGUCAGCCCACCAGAAGGCAUCUGGCGGUUGUUUUCGUACAAAUUGCACGGCAAAAGUCACACGGUCGUCAGACUUCCUGUCCACCUGGAGGGUCGUCAGAACGUGUACUUUGCGCCGGGCCAAGCAGAAGAACGGCUACAGAACCAAGCUGUGCGUAGUACGAAACUCACGCAGUUCUUCGCGCUCAACACAACAGACGUGAAUGCUCGACAAUACUUGUACCAAGAAAUACCGACGCAUUACACCUGGCAGAUGCCACGUAAUCAAGAAAACGCACUCGUAAGAAAUGUCACCCAAUGGUUGCCGCGGCGGAUUCGGAUGGCAAACGUUACGUUGGCUCGGAUGUACAUAGUAAACCCACUGGACCGGGACCGUUUCCACCUGAGAUUGCUACUUCUGAACCGAAGAGGCCCGAAGUCCUUUCAAGACAUAAGGACGGUGGACGGGGUCGUUCACGAAACAUUCACGGCGGCUGCCGUUGCACUCGGAUUAUUGGAAGACGACCGAGCGUGGCGGGAUUGCUUGACGGAAUCGGCGACGUUGGACACACCGCGGCAGCUGCGGUAUCUGUUCGUCACUAUACUGGUGUUCUGCGAGCCCUCAAACCCGCUGGCGUUGUACGAGGCGAACGAAGCAAACAUGAUGGAGGACUUCAACCGCCGUCUCCAAGACGUCGACCGCGCGAGGGCCGCGUGUCUGGCGGCCAUCGAGGAUCUACUUCGUGUACACCGAAAAUCGCCGGGCGACUACGGUCUGCCCCUCGCCGACCCCCGUCUACUGGAACCGCUGCAGGACGACGCGCUGUUCCGGGCAAUAGACGCGGCGGCACGGUGGGCCCCACAAGUAGACGCCUUGAACGCCGAACAGCGAACGGUGUACGACCGCGUGAUGGCGGCCGUCGAUGACCAACGGGAGGUGGCGAAAACUUUCUUCGUCGACGGACCCGGGGGCGGGAGGUGUUGUGCGUGGCGUUCACCGGUAUCGCCGCGUCGCUCAUGGACGGCGGCAUGA